AUGCCUUAUGGUGGAUGCUGGAGGCAAUUGAAGAGUAUUUUUGUUCUCCGGCUUCUAAGUAAUAAAAAGGUAGUCUUUUCAUUCCAUCUGGGAAGAAGAAAUGACCAUUGUGAUGAAAAAGGGGAAAAUGGAAAGAAAUUCCUAUAUCCAUUAAGGGAAACCACGGAAAUGGUGGAGCAAGGUGAUAAGUCCAUCAUCAAGUGGGCUCUUACCAAAGAGGACUGGACUUACGACAUUGCUCGCCGAGGCCCGAUCGGCCACUCCCACUUCGUGCAGGAUGUAGUUCGUGGGACGGCGAGCUUCGCCUAUGGAACUUUUCGACCGGAGCCACCACCCACCAAUUUGUCAGCUACUCCAAGGAUGUUUCGCUGA